AAGUAAUCUUUAUAGUUGUGUAUGGCCAUAAGAUCUGCAAUAGCCCCCUUUUCCCUAAUUCUUAUAGUUUUCGGACCUUUGUUAUACUUCACUUGUGUGUGGUCGAAUCAUAGAGAUUAAUGUCUGUCAAGUGUCAAGAAAUGAAUCUUGUUUUAGACACCUAAGUGUUCAGUUCUCCAUCAAACUUGGUGUCAAAAAUUCAAUGAAAUCCCUGACAAUUCGUGUCCAUCCCUAGAGAAUAUCGGUGUUCAAUUUUUGUAUAGAUCUGAUAUGAUUGGGCUGCUAGUGACAACUUCCCUUAUUUUCAUCUAGCUAAAUAACUCUAGGACCAUGAAGCACAACGAUGGAAAAGUGGUAAAUCAAGUUGAUAAAAGUUUCAGAGUAGUGCCCAUGACAUUCAUGUGUAUUGUGCUUUGCGGGUUUUCAUUCUAUCUGGGUAGAAUUUUUUGCUCGGAGAACAUUACCGAAGUAGGUAAAUCAACCGAUGAAACUAUUUUUGGUCCUCCCAGUGCGAAAUUCAUAGAAUUCCCUGAAUGUGAUAUUGCCUAUCAAGAUUACACCCCGUGCACAGAUCCUAAGAGAUGGAAAAAGUAUGGCUAUCAUCGGCUUACGUUCAUGGAACGCCAUUGUCCUCCUCCUUUUGACAGAAAAGAAUGUUUGGUUCCUCCACCAGAUGGGUAUAAAUCACCAAUCAGAUGGCCUAAGAGCAAAAAUGAAUGUUGGUACAGGAAUGUCCCGUAUGAUUGGAUUAACAAGCGGAAGUCCAAUCAAAACUGGUUAAGGAAAGAAGGGAAGAAGUUUCUCUUUCCUGGUGGAGGUACCAUGUUUCCGAAUGGAGUUGGUGCGUAUGUUGAUUUGAUGCAGGAUCUUAUUCCUCAAAUGAAAGACGGGACUAUUAGGACUGCUAUUGAUACUGGGUGUGGGGUGGCUAGCUGGGGAGGUGAUUUACUUGAUCGCGGGAUCUUGACAGUCUCGCUUGCCCCACGAGAUAAUCAUGAGGCGCAAGUCCAAUUUGCUCUGGAACGAGGAAUUCCUGCGAUUCUGGGAAUUAUUUCUACACAGCGGCUUCCUUUUCCCUCAAACUCAUUUGAUAUGGCUCAUUGUUCAAGAUGCCUCAUCCCCUGGACAGAAUUUGGUGGAAUCUACCUUCUAGAAGUUCAUCGAAUUCUUCGUCCUGGAGGAUUCUGGGUCCUGUCUGGCCCACCGGUAAACUAUAAAAGACGUUGGAGAGGUUGGAACACUACACUUGAAGAGCAAAAGUCUGAUUAUGACAAGUUGCAAGAAUUGCUCACUUCAAUGUGCUUUAAGUUAUUCAACCAGAAAGACGAUAUUGCUGUUUGGCAGAAGACUACAGAUAAUGACUGUUAUAAGCGGCUAGCUGCACUAGACACAUACCCACGAAAGUGUGAUGAUGGAACUGAACCAGAUUCAGCAUGGUACACUCCACUCCGGUCCUGUGUUGUUGUUCCGAACAAGAAUGUCAAGAAGCUAAUAUUGUCAGCCAUUCCUAAAUGGCCCCAAAGAUUGCAUGUUGCUUCAACACGUGUUUAUGAUGUUCGCCGUAGCAACGAGAACACCUUUCACCAUGACGAUUCUAAAUGGAAGAAGCGGGUCAAGCACUACAAGCAGUUGCUGCCAGCAAUUGGGACUGAUGAGAUAAGAAACGUAAUCGACAUGAAUACUAUAUAUGGAGGUUUAGCUGCUGCUUUGAUAGAUGAUCCCUUGUGGGUGAUGAAUGUAGUCUCCUCCUAUGCUAAGAACACACUUGCGGUGGUCUUUGAUAGAGGUCUCAUUGGAACCUACCAUGACUGGUGUGAGGCUUUCUCAACAUAUCCGCGGACAUAUGAUCUGCUUCAUGCAGACGGUCUUUUUCCCUCUGAAAGUCACAGAUGUGAUAUGAAGUAUGUACUAUUAGAGAUGGAUCGGAUCCUUCGGCCUAAUGGGUAUGCUAUAAUCCGAGAGUCAAGCUUCUUUGUAGAUCCAAUAGAAACUAUUGCCAAAGGGUUGAGAUGGAACUGUCGGAAAGAAGCCACCGGAGAUGGAGGUGCAAAGGAUAAGUUGUUAAUUUGCCAGAAGAGCUUAUGGUACUUUAAGAAAAGCUCAUGAGCAAGUAAGAAUCGGUGUAACACAAGAGUCUUGGUGUAAACUAUGUGGAAUGAUUGUAAUAGUAACAAAUAGGAGAGAAAAAACUUUCAUAACAUUUACAUAGAAGAAAGUUUAGAAUUUAAAUUCUUAGGGGUCAUUUUUUAAAUAUGAAUCAACUUUUUGGAUGA